AUGGAAUCUGAUUCGGCUAUGGCUAGCUAUGUUCGUGAUGGUAAAGUCAAGCUGAUAGGUGGCGAUGGCUUGGUUCGGGAAGAUGUUCAACAAGCUUGGGAUGCUACAAAAUCCAACGGGGAAGUAGACGUAGUGUAUUUCGGCAUUGGUGGCUAUCCCAAGUUCUCUAUCACACAAGGUUUUGUUCUGACACCGGCCGAUCUCACAACUCGGUGCUCGGAAAUAAUACUAUCUAUCAUCCAAUCCUCGACUACUCCCGCUACUCGCCCCAAACUUAUCGCAAUCACGUCCAACGGACUCGAUAAGCGUACCCACGCAUUACUCCCAUUACCACUGAAACCGGUGUACAAGUAUGCGCUCCGUACAGCCCACGAAGACAAGAUUGGUCUUGAGAAGAAUGUGCGAAACGCUGCCGGAUGGAAUGAAGGGGUAGAAGGUGGCUGGUUCGGCGCACAGAACUUGGUCGUUGUACGCCCGGCCAUGUUCACCGACGGAGAAUGUUUGGGGAAUCAAAAGGCGGAUGCAUAUAGGGUCGGAGAGGAGUUGACCAGUGCUUGGACGGUCUCUCGGGCGGACGUCGCUCAUUUCGUGGCGGAACAGGUAUUAGCAGAUUGGAAUAAAUGGGCCGGUAAAUCUUGGGUUGUUGCUUAUUGA